AUGGGGGAUAGCUCUGUUCAAGAUCUGCCACAUCUAAGCCAAUACGAAGAAGAAGAUGAUGAGGUGCAGGAGGUUGAAAAUGAAGAAACCGAAGAAUUACAAGAAGAAGAGGAAAAGGCUAGAUUUUUAAGUCAUUUUGCUGGUCCCUCCUUCCACCAUCCGCUGUUUGCAGCCACACAAAAAUGGCAAAACAGCAUUGCUCGCAGUUGCGCAAGAUCCUUUCCAUAAUUUAUCUAGUCGAUCAUAGUCAUCUUUGUUUAACAAAUCUCUGAUACGUGACAAAUUUCAAGCUGAGAAAAAGUACCAGCCACACACAGUAGAAACUAAUUUAUUAAGUCUGAGGAACUUAUGCUCUUUCGUUCUCACAGAAAACCCGGAAUGUAUUCAAGUUGAUCCAGCUAUUGUGCAAAAAGUUGCAGAGAAUGCGCGUCUAUGGUUAUCGUCCUACAGAAAGGACAGCAACCGCCGUCACUUACAAAAACAGAGUGAAGAUCUUUAGAAGUUAGUUACGCCAGACAUGGUGUCCAUGUUUGAAAAUAAUGAUUCAGCUUGGAAAGCAGUUGCUUACAUGGGCCAAUUUAGUGGAGCACACUCCCUACAUAUGAAUCAGUCGAUCUACACACUAGUAAGAGGUUUUAUUUCAACAGAAAUGACAAUUGCAAAUGCCCACCGAUCUGGGGUUCUGGCCAAUAUGACAAUUGGAGAGCUGGAGGAAGCCAAGGAGACCAAGCAACUUUAUUCUCAUAUCUGAAAGUUUACGUCAGUGAAAUGCGCCGUCAAGUUUCAAAUUCAGGGAGCAAGUACAUUGAUGACAGGUCAAUGCCUGUUUUUUUGUCAUGGAACGGAGCAAAACUUGAAUCUGGGCAACUUUCUACUGCUAUCAAUGCUGCUUGGAAGAAGGUAGGGAUGGAAGGGCAUGUUUCUUUCACAAUAUUUUCGGAAGUCAACCGUCACAAAGGUUCAUGGAGAUCACGAAGAAAUGAAAGGUUAUCUAGCUGA